AAGCGUCCCGGCCCGCGCAGGCGCGCGAGUGCCCCCGUGCCACCGCUUGGCCGGCGCCAAAUCUCGCGUGAAGACGUCGGGCGGACGGGCGCGCUUCUCGAAGGAAGGGCCGCUCGGUCGCGAGGAGGCGCCAUGUUGCUCACCGGCCGGCUCCUCCGCAACCGCAUCCCGGGCCGCCAGUGGAGCGGGAAGCACCGGCGGCCGCGGCCCGUGUCGGCGAUCGCCAAGCAGAACAUGAUCCGGCGCCUGGAGAUCGAGGCCGAGAACCACUACUGGCUGAGCAGGCCGUACCUGAGCGCCGAGCAGGAGCACGGCCACGCGGCGGCGCGCAGGGCCGCGGCCUUCGAGGCCAUCAAGGCGGCCAGCACGUCCAAGUUCCCCCCGCACCGCUUCGUGGCCGAGCAGCUGGAGCAGCUCAACGUCACCAAGAAGUGGUCGUGAGCCGGGCCUCGGGCUGGGGGGUCCCGCGGGGGCCCGGACACGACCCCAGGGAACGCGGGUUGCAAUAAAGCGAGCCCCACGCCCGACUGGGCGGUCUCCUGCUUCCCCCUGCCGCGUGGGGCCGUCUCGUGCAAA